AUGGCCCAACCGAACAUCAUCGACGUCGAGCUUUUGACGGAACACCUUGGGUAUGCACCGAUUUCGCUGCUCGACAGCAUCAUCAACAAUGUCAACGCAGUGGCCGACAAGACGCUCGACCGCGUCGAACAGGGCCUCUCGAGAGCGCCCCCGAAAGCGCUCGGGUUCGAGAAGGCGCUGAAGCAGAGGAAGCCUCCCCCGGGUGCGUCGGUCGACGUCGAGGAGACGGCGAAGCUCGAAAUCAUCGACGGCGUCCACAAGCUCGAGACUCUGCUGUGUGCGGCCAUCGACAAAAACUUUGACAAGUACGAGCUCUACGUGAUGCGGAACAUCCUCGGCAUCCAGCCCAGCCACCGCAAUUGGAUGCGCCUCGCCCACUACAACGGUCUCGAGUUCGACGUCGUCCGCGAGGACGCACCCACGAGGGAGAGCGUGGACGCGCUGAGGAAGAAGCUGCAGGCGAGCCAGCGGCUGAACGUGAUGCUGCACGCGGAGCAGGCCAAGAACGCGGCGCUGCUGGCGAAGCUGCGCCGGGUCAUGGGCGGUAAGCCCGCCGGCCCGCGGGCUUCGCUGGUGGAGGUCAAGGUCGAGGGGGCGGACGACGGGGCGCCGCUCCAGUUCCUGCGCGAGAGAGGCGACCUCGCCGAGGGUGACUCCAAGACGCCGCUCACGACGACGACGGCGUUCAACAUGUCGCAGCUGCAGGCGCUACGGGCGCUGUCGACGUCGCUGCGCAACAUCAUGCCGGACCUGAAGGACCCGUCCGACGUCGAGGAUGGGCCGGAAAAGAACAAGAGUUGGAGGCGGGAGAGGAUGGAGUACGUCGAGAGUGCGACACGAAAGCAUCUCGAGCAUGUGCGAGGCUUGGAGUUGGGGAAGGACGGCGAAGUCCGCGACGGCGAGUGGCAGGGCGAGGGGAGGAAGUUUGCCAUGGGCGAGGUCGAGGGGCUGGAACGCAUGGUUUCUGCAUUGGGGGCAGGGUCGGAAGAGUCUGCCGAGCAAGACGAUCCCGAUGCGAUGGACGAAUCAUGA